CAUGUCCAACUUUAAAGUUGGACCAGCCCUUCUGCCCCUCCUUCUUUCUCCCCCACCUUUCUGGAGAACCUGGGGUUUUUUUUCCCCACCUCUCACUGAAUGCUGCCCCUGGUUGAUCGAUCUGUCUCCCCUUGUCCUUCCGAAAACUCUAGAAGGAAGGUGGGUUCGUUCUGAAGGAAAAGGUGGAUUGGAUCAGCGGGGAAGGAGUUAAUUAAACUUGGAAGGAAGAAGAAAACUUCUCUUGUGCCUUGGGACUGGGACAGAGACAACGAUGGCUGGUUUAUUUUUCCUUGGAAUAUUUUUAUCUCAACUUUUAGCCAUCACUUCUGCUCAGAGGCCAGGAUCACGAGGCUUGCCUGGACCGCGGGGACCUCCAGGGUCACCUGGCAAGGAUGGCAUUGAUGGAGAACCUGGGCCCCCAGGUUUGCCAGGAACACCAGGCCUCAAAGGAUCACGAGGGAAACCUGGGAAGAAAGGAGAUGCUGGUUUACCAGGCCUUCCUGGGGUAGAUGGUUUAACAGGUUUGGAUGGCCCGCCUGGACCAAUAGGAUCCCCAGGAGACCGAGGAAGUGUAGGAGCAGCAGGAUCUGUUGGGCCAGCGGGCAAAGGACCGGCAGGGCCACCGGGAUCUCCGGGCACCAGUGGUCUUCCAGGAGGAAGGGGACAGAAAGGCUCACCGGGACCGUCUGGGCUUCCGGGUUUUUCUGGAUCACCAGGAGCUCCGGGACCACCCGGUCUCCCUGGAGCGUUUGACCAUACUAGAGAUCUUCAGUGUUCAUCGCUCUGUCCACCGGGCCUUCCAGGACCACCAGGAAUACCAGGAUUCAAGGGGCACACCGGUGAGAAAGGAGAAGCAGGAGAAGUUGGCAAAGAUGGGGAGAAGGGUUUGCGAGGGCCGCCAGGCCCAGCAGGGCCUCCUGGUAACAUUGGAUUGCAGGGUCCCCGAGGAUUAAGUGGAGAAGUUGGGCCAAUCGGUCUUAUUGGCGACAGGGGAGACAUUGGAUUCAGAGGGCAGCCUGGAAUGCCAGGGCCUCCAGGGAAAGCGGGGUCCCGUGGUGACAGAGGCCAUCAAGGUUUCCGAGGUCCAAAGGGUGAUGCAGGUCCGACAGGUCCAAACGGAGCUGCAGGGAGCGCAGGGCCUCGCGGAGAACCCGGCCUACCUGGAAAAAAUGGAAGAGACGGAACACCUGGACUUGAUGGUGAGAAGGGCGCUGCCGGUCGUUCUGGUGCUCCUGGAGAGAAAGGCCCUCAUGGACUCCCUGGACUACCUGGGAGCGCAGGCACUAAAGGAGAAAAGGGCCAGCCUGGAAGCCCUGGAGAAAUGGGAGAGUCUGGUCCUUCAGGAGAACCAGGUGUACCUGGAAAUCAAGGUGUCCCUGGUGAGAGAGGUGAAGCUGGCCCAAGAGGAUCUCCUGGACAACCUGGUCUACAAGGACCUAUGGGAGCAGCAGGUGUAAGAGGUUUCCAGGGUCGUGCAGGACCGAGUGGGGAACCGGGCCGACCUGGUGCCACUGGGCUACGGGGUGAAUCCGGCGAGCAGGGUCCUACUGGGGUUUCGGGACCCAAAGGUAACCAGGGCAUUGCUGGGACAGAUGGACUACCAGGAAGUAAAGGAGAACUGGGCCCCUUUGGAUCUCCUGGACAGAAAGGGGAAGCAGGAGAAAGAGGAGAGCCUGGCCCCAAAGGAGUCCAUGGCCCCAAUGGAACUGCUGGACUCCCAGGAGUUCCAGGCCAUCCUGGCAAAACGGGUUUACAAGGAGAGCAAGGAAUCCCUGGGAUUGUGGGAAAACCAGGCCCUCCGGGAAAAGAAGCUAGUGAAGAACGCAUCCGAGAACUCUGCGAUGGAAUGAUCAGCGAGCACGUUGCCCAGUUAGCUGCUAAUUUAAGGAAACCCUUGGCUCCUGGACUCAUGGGGAAGCCUGGCCCCCCUGGACCUCCAGGGCCUGCUGGGGCAAUGGGGACCAUUGGACAUCCUGGGGCUCGUGGCCCACCUGGAUACAGGGGACUCCCAGGGCAUUUGGGAAUUCCUGGUCCCAGAGGGGACUCAGGUGAGAAGGGAGACAACGGAGCCACUGGCAAAGGGGUUGAUGGACCUGUUGGAGAUCAAGGACCGCAAGGACCACCAGGCGUUCCUGGAAUCAGGAAAGAUGGUCGGAAUGGUGCACCCGGAGAGCCCGGGUUACCAGGGGACACUGGAAGACCAGGCUCAGCUGGAGCACAAGGAACUCCAGGACCCUGUGACACGUCUGCCUGCAUGGGAGCUGCUGCUAGAGGGAUAUUCAAGAAUCGUAAAUCUGCAUGAAGUUGAAUGAAGAGAGGAAAGGGAAGCACAACAUUCAAUGGAAUUGUUACCAAAAGAGAGUAUUUGUAGCUCAAGGUUGAACUGUAGGGUCCUUGGUCGUCUCUGAGCUUGAUGGUUUUCUUGCAGAAGUUUAGUUACCCAACUAGGCGACAUCAUCAGUGCAUUGAUGAUGUCACCUAGUUUGGUAAUGAAACGUCGGCAAGAAAACCUCCCUACCUUAGAGAGGACCAAGGACCCCACAAUGAAACGUUGUCCCGACUGAAAGAAAGUUAACAAAAUGCUAUAUUUCAGUUCCACUGGAGAAGAAAAGAUCAACUUAUACAUAAUGGACCCUGUAGUUAAUUUCUAUUUCAUGCCAUGUAUAAACAAGCAGUUUUUUUGAAGAGAUACACCGUUAUUCCUGAAGUAUUUUCCAGUUAAAGGGUUUCCCUCUUCCUAAGAUUAUACCAGUUUUUGCAAUGACAUCAUUUGGCACUGUUUGGUGUUUAUUAAUCCCGUGUUAUUACUGGUAAAAUAACAGAUGUAAACGUAUUAUUUGCCAGAUGGUCCGACUGUAUAUACCUGGGCAGGUGAUUCAGACAGGGAAUGUAGACGUAAUCCUGUUAAAUGGCUAGGAAGUGGGAUACUUCGCAGAGCUCCCUAUUUUGACUGGGGUUCACAAAUGUAAAGGGUGAAUUGAAUCAAACUGGAUAAUUAAAAUUACCAUUUAUAAAAUGAGCGUAAUUCAAAGAUUCCCUUGAAAUUCACUCCCCAACGUUUUGGGUCCACAACAGCUUAAUCUAUUGGAUCAAAAGCCAUGUUGGACUCCAUCUGAGUUUUUAAUGGGUGUGAAUUAAUCACAACUGCACUGGAAACAGAUUCUACAACAUUCAAUGGAAUAUCAUGAUAUACUUAGAACUCACUCUAGGGUGUGAAUUCUUAGUAAAUGUCCAUUCUAAUGCAUGGUUUAUGAGGAAAAAUGUGCGCACAUCUGUUUCUUAAGAGAUUAAUUUAAACAUUUCUCUAUUAUUAUUAUACAGGAUAUUCAGUAACGACACAUUAUACCCUUUCCACAUUAAGUAUGAAUACAAACCCAAAGUACAGAAAACAAACCAUCGAAAAUGAGUGUAUACAUUAUUGUAAAAAUAAAUUUAAAAACUGUAAUAUUGUGCCUGCCUAUCUUACAAUAGGCUAAUUCUGCUUUGUUUUUUUUUAAUUUGGUGAUUGAAAAUAAAGGGUCCACACAAGUGUGAA